AUGGUAUCUUAAAUUCUCGAUCUACCCAUCGGCGCAUCCCACCUUCCUUCCUUCCUUCCUUCACCAAAGCCCUCUUACUCUCAACAGCUCACGGAGUCAACAAUGCCUGGAAAGCGCGCUCGUCCAAUCGACAGGUGCUUGCCCAGGCAACGCUGUCCAGUUUGCCUGGGCAAGCAUCUAUGGGGAGAAGGGUGGUUCUCUAUCAUGAGCAAUCGCUUUGCUGCGAGGAAAUGGCGAUUCCCGUUCGAUGGGUUCCACGCAUCUUCCUCGCAGCAGAGCAUUAUGAUAGAGAACCACCCUUCUCCCCAUUCAAUGCUUCCGGGUGUUGUUGACUCCGUGGGUUGUGAGGAUUAUUUGCCGCUCCGCUUAACUUUCUGGAUUUCUUUAUCCAGUCGAGGAACUUCCUUCGCUUCGGACAAUAAACCACGGUGUCGCCCUGGCAACCAUUCUGGCGGGUCGCCCCCUGCCAGACCUUCUUUCUCCGUCCUGACAGGGGUCCCGAGAGGAGUGCAAACAGGCGCAAUGGAAGUUGCCACCUCUUUCUGGCAGCUAGAUGCCAUGUGCUUUGUGUGCUCCUUGAGCGGGAUUCCUCACGUCUGGACGGAGAAGUUGGCACAAUGCUGGGAAUCCAGUCCCGGCGGUUCAGGGCGCGGAAAAGGGGCUCGAAGGAGGUUGAGUCGGCAAACUCGCCCUUUAUGUACCAUGGAAAACCAGAUUGUCGGACCUGGAUAGUUCGUCGUUAAAAGGUCCCGCUGCAAUCCGUACUUCGGAUAGCGAAACAGAACGAAAGCUACUGCUCCAAGCACCCAACUACAUCAAGAA